ACCCAGAGCCAGUGAUGCACUCUGAUUGGCUUUGGGCUCAGCCAAUCAGAGUGCAGGGAUAGGUGACAGGAAGCCAGUCCACCUAUCUGCACUCACCUGAGCCUUUACCUGGCUGAGCUCAGAUCCCCGGCUGUAACUGUGCUGUUCUCCUGCAGACAGAGGUGUUCUCCUGGUCCUGGUCCUGGUUCUGGUUCCACCCACGACACAACAUGGCUGUGGCGAAUUUCCACUACAUCACACGGAUGAGCAGCGGCUUCAAAGUGUACAUUCUAGAAGGUCAACCUCACCUGAGGAGUGAAGACAGAUACAGACACAUCACCAACGACAGAGUCCGAUCACCAACACUGUAUCCUGUCAAACGUAAGCGCAGCCAUGAGAGGGCGCUCACUCUGGAGGAAAGAAGGGAACGAGUGUUGAACAGAAACCAUCCUGGAGCGGCCCAGACAUCAGUCCCACGUCUACAGAGCCCCUCGUCUUCUUGGAGUUCUGCCCCCAGCCCCCCCAGCCCCCCGCCCUCACAUGUCUACUACACACCCGUCAUGGAUGAACCACUGGCCCUCAUCAAGAAACCCAGGAAAGAGCCUGAACACACGGGGGAAAGGUCCAUCAGUAGCACCACCACCACCACCACCACCACCACCCCAGUCCAGGUGCGUCCAUCCGUGAUCACCUGUGUCUCAUCGAUUAGACGACCUGAGGUCCACAGGAGCCACUCAUCAGUGGUUUCCCAGAGCAGCUACGACAACGUGGAGGAACACUUCCAGAGGAGCCUGGGAGCCGACUACCAGAAGACUCACUCGCAGCAGCUCUCCAUCAGUGUGUCUGUGGACGACCACUUCGCCAAAGCUUUGGGGGACAAGUGGCUGCAGAUUAAAUCCAAGUCUUCCUCCUGUUCUUCCACCCCCCCCAGCAGUCACACUGUCACUCACUCUCCCAGCCACAGCCACAGCUCCGCGGAGUCUCACAAAGAAUCCAGCAGCAGGUCAUCUCCGUCCUCCAGCUGCUGGUCCAUUCAUUAAGGGACCUCCAAGCCCUGACGUAGGAGGAACGUGGACCUUCAACAUUUCACCGUCCAGUUCAGCCUGGCGACCUCUGGUGGUAGCAGUGCUGUCGCUGAGAGGGAAGCAGAAGAGUGCUUUGGUCACUUUGGACCUGGGUUCAAAUCUGAGGCACUAAUAUGUAGCAUCAGUUUCAUUGUAGUUGUUCUGCUCUAAUCCCGUGCUAGUCGAUAGCAUCUGUCCAACCAGGAGAUACUGUAGGUGACGAUGAUGAUGACGAUGAUGAUGACGAUGAUGAUGAGAGGAGGCAGAAAAAAAAAAAGAUCCUUUACAUUUCUUUGGUUCUAAAGCCUUCAUUUCAGCUGGGGAGCCACAUUUCAUGGAGUAUUGCUGUAUUUAUAUUCUGACACCACUGUGUUCUUUAUAUCUGCUCUGUAUUCAUAAUUAGUCAUUGAUUAACGCUGUACAUGACGCCACUGUUGAAAAGAAUAAAAACAACAAAAUCAUAAGUACUUCUGUGAUUUGUGGUGAAAACAAAUGAUCU